UAAAUUAAAUUCUAGGAUGAGAGUAAAUGGCAGUCUUGACCUCACUCACUCGUUUCCCUUCUUCUUCCUCCUUGUCCUCUAACGCUCGCCAUCUCUUCCUUUCUCCAUCUUCUUCUUCUUCCAUCAAACAAAGAUUCAAUCUCUUCUCCUUCAAACCAUCUCGCUCUUUCGCAUCCAUGUCGUCGUCUUCUUCUUCCCCUCCUCUUCAAGAGAAAAUCACCGCUCCUUAUGGCUCCUGGAAGUCCCCGAUCACGGCCGACAUCGUUUCCGGUUCUUCGAAGCGUCUCGGCGGCACCGCCGUCGAUUCCCGCGGCCGUCUCGUCUGGCUCGAGUCUCGCCCCAACGAAUCAGGGAGAGGGGUUUUGGUGGUGGGAGGAGAAAAGGAACCAAUUGAUAUCACACCAAAAGAGUUGGCAGUGAGGACUCUAACUCAAGAGUACGGUGGUGGUGCUUUCCGGAUUUCAUCCUCAGACGAUGAUGAUCAACUUGUUUUCUCCAAUUACAAAGAUCAGCGCCUUUACAAGCAACACAUUCUUCACAAAGAUUCACCUCCGAAGCCAAUCACCCCUGAUUAUGGUUCCCCAGCUGUUACUUAUGCCGAUGGAGUCUUUGAUGCCCGCUUUCACCGCUACAUUACUGUUAGGGAAGAUGGUCGCCAGGACACAUCAAACCCUAUUACCACCAUUGUGGAGGUCAAUUUAAGUGCAGAGACACUUGAAGAACCAAAAGUUCUUGUCAGUGGCAAUGAUUUUUAUGCCUUUCCACGAUUGGACCCCAACUGUGAGCGAUUGGCAUGGAUUGAAUGGAGUCACCCUAACAUGCCUUGGGAUAAAGCACAGCUCUGGGUUGGCUACAUUUCCCAGGCCGGAAUUGUUGAUAAACGUGUAUGUGUUGCUGGUUGUGAUCCCGAGUAUGUGGAAUCUCCCACUGAGCCCAAGUGGUCACCCAGAGGUGAACUCUUUUUUGUAACUGACAGAAAGAACGGAUUUUGGAAUAUACAUAAAUGGAUUGAAAGUACCAAUGAGGUUGUUUCAGUAUAUCCUCUGGAUGGUGAGUUUGCAAAACCGUUAUGGGUUUUCGGUACAAACUCCUACGAAAUUAUCGAGUGCUCUGAAGAGAAGAACAUAAUUGCGUGUAGCUACAGGCAAAAAGGAAAGUCAUAUCUUGGCAUUUUGGAUGAUUCCAAGGGUUCAUGUUCUCUGCUUGAUAUUCCUUUAACUGAUUAUGAUAACAUUACAUUGGGUAAUCAAUGCCUUUAUGUUGAGGGAGCAUCAGCAGUUCUACCACCAUCAGUUGCCAAGGUAACACUGGAUCAGCAUAAGAUGAAAGCACUCAGUUCUGAGAUUGUUUGGUCUUCUUCCCCCGAUGUUCUAAAGUACAAGGCUUUCUUCAGCGUGCCAGAAUUGAUUGAAUUUCCAACAGAGGUUCCUGGUCAAAACGCUUAUGCUUACUAUUAUCCUCCAACCAAUCCGCUCUACAACGCUAGCAUGGAGGAGAAACCUCCAUUGCUAGUCAAGAGUCACGGAGGCCCUACUGCUGAAUCACGUGGAUCCUUAAACCUGAAUAUCCAGUACUGGACAAGCCGAGGGUGGGCAUUUGUUGAUGUCAAUUAUGGUGGAAGCACAGGUUAUGGUCGAGAGUAUCGGGAGCGGUUGUUACGGAGGUGGGGGAUUGUCGACGUGGAUGACUGUUGUGGAUGUGCUAAGUACUUGGUAUCUUCUGGAAAGGCAGAUGUUAAGCGGCUCUGUAUAUCUGGAGGUUCUGCAGGAGGUUACACAACUCUUGCAGCAUUGGCAUUCAGAGAUGUCUUCAAGGCUGGAGCAUCUUUAUACGGGGUGGCUGACUUAAAAAUGCUGAAAGAAGAAGGUCAUAAGUUUGAAUCCCGCUAUAUCGACAAUCUUGUUGGAGAAGAAAAGUAUUUCUAUGAGAGAUCACCAAUCAACUUCGUCGAUAGGUUCUCUUGCCCCAUCAUCCUUUUCCAAGGAUUGGAAGACAAGGUUGUAACCCCGGAUCAAUCUCGUAAAAUCUAUCAAGCACUAAAGGAAAAAGGUCUGCCUGUUGCCCUUGUCGAGUACGAAGGAGAACAACACGGUUUUCGCAAGGCAGAGAACAUCAAAUACACACUGGAGCAACAAAUGGUGUUCUUUGCCCGAGUCGUCGGAGGGUUCCAAGUUGCAGAUGACAUCAGUCCCUUGAAAAUCGACAACUUCGACACUUCUAGUGAUGCUUAGAUUUGUGUGUUUCUUUUAUAUUUUAAUCUUAACACAAGAACAGUUCGUCUCUUUCUAUGUUUCGUUUUGUUAUAAUACAUGGUGUGGUUGUUGACCAUCUCUUUAUCAUAAACUAUUCACAAUCU